AUGGGCAAGAAGCAGUCAAAGAUCCCGUGCAGUUACUCUGACAUAGAUCUUCUUUUUCAAACAAAAAAGCAGAAGCAAAUGGAGUUCUUUUCAAAAAUUGAAGGCUUUUCUGAGAUGUCUUGUGAGUGGAUUCCUUAUGUCCGUGACAGGCUAGCAAAAUAUAAUAAAUAUAUUUGGACAGAAGAAUUGACGAGGUUUGUGAACACUUGGAAUGCCCACCAGGAUGUCAGGAGUAAAAUAGCGCUGGCUUGGCUAUUUUAUAUGAGGAGCACACAGCCUAAGCCAAAGAAGCAAAUUACGAGAACGCAAUUGAGAAAUUAUAUAGGGCAAUGCAGGACUUUUACAAUUUUGCUUGAAAAUGAUCCUUAUAUGACUUUAGUUUAUGAUCAGCUGGCAAAGGAUAAAAGUAAUGCAUUGUAUCAGUUGAUUCAGAGAUUCGGGGCAGCGCUGAAAAUGGAGUUUACAAAUUACCAUCCUUCUAAGACAAGGAUUGAGCUAAAAGAAGAAGUCAUUCAAAACUCUGCAUAUCAUGCAGAACUUUUGACAAAUUAUAUAAAAGGCUUUAUAUCAAUACUUACAGAUUCUUUAAAUAAGUUUUAUCUGAACUUAGACCAACAUAUUAAACCAGAAGCUCAAGAGCUAAUUGCGACUCAUGCAGUCCUGUCUGGAGAAAUUUUGGAACUUUUAGUUAAAACAUAUUUUGUGGCCUUGAAAUCAGACCAAGAUGAGUAUAGUGAACAUCUGCGAAGGCUGAAAGGGAGCGAUUUGCACUCACUCAGCUUAGAUGAAUCACUAAGAAUUAAUAAUGGAGAAGGGUAUUUUGAUGCAAUUAAAAAUUUAGUCGAUAUAUCUUACAGUACGACAUUAACAGAUAUACUUGAUAAAGUAAGCCAAUACUCAAAUAACAUUAAGAGCUCUAUUGAUAAUCAUAACCCCGAUAAAAAUAUUUUAUUGGAAACGGAUAAGUUUCUGGAGAUAUCAAUGCUGCUUAUUUCUAAAGCAAGCUCUCCCAAUCUGCCAACGAUGAUGAAAAUUGCUGAAAACUUCUUGCAUCCCUAUUUCAAAAGCCAAGAAAUGGAAUAUGUGAUCACUACUAUACAAGGUGCAGUAGGAUUGCUAAAAACUUGUUCUGCUUAA